AUGGGUGCCCUGUUCAUCGGAGGGAGCCGGGGUGACCCCAAGGACUACGCCUUCGGCAACUCGAGCUCAGCCAACAUCAUCAUAAACCACAAGGGUCUCAUCCGUCUGGUGUCCAAGCCAUUCCUCCAGAGCAGCACCUGCAAGAUUCGAAUCCGGUACUUUCCCUUUGACCACCAGAUCUGCCAUCUCAAGUACGGAUCCUGGACGUACACCCAGCAGUACGUCGACCUGCACAACUCGACCCAAUCUCCGGACUUCUCGGAUUACCUGGAGAAUGGGCAAUGGGAUGUCUUAGAUGCCUAUUUCAAGCGUAACGUUGAGUGGUACGAGUGCUGUCCCGACCGCUACGUCGACAUAACCAUGUACCUUAAAUUACGUCGGAAACCCCUUUAUUACCUAUACAAGCUCGUCAUGCCCAUCGUCCUCCUCUCCGCACUCUCAAUGGUCGGGUUCCUCAUGCCCUACAACGUCGGCGUCAUCAAGGCCAGUCUCAGCGUCACGUUGACGCUCUCGAUGACGGUGUUUUUGCUUCUCGUCGCCGAAACGAUACCGAGGACUUCGGACAGCAUGCCACUAAUCACCGAAUAUUACAUAAUCAUCAUGGUCCUGAUUGCCGUGUCGACCGCCAUGAACAUCGCGGUGCUCAACAUCUUCCACCGGGGCGAGAGCGGCAAGCGGGAGGUGCCGGAAUGGCUCAGGAAGCUCGUGCUCUUCUACGCAGCCCGUAUCAUGUGCAUGGGCUUUGUGGUGAAUUAUUGGAAGGAGAUGAUGUCACAAAGGAAGCAACACGACAUGGACCCCGAUCGGCUGGCCAUGCUGAAAAAACAGCGAUUCUUUGCUGCAAGAUAUGGUGUUUCGUACACGCCUCUGGUCGCCAGUGACGGCACUGGCGGCAGCGGGCAGUCUAGCAAGCAAGCCAAGAGUAGCUUCACCGGUGUCCACGAAGAUGACGACAACGACGAUUGGGCCAAGUUCGAGGAAAACCUCUCCGAGACCGGCGACCACCGACUCUCGCAGCUCGAGGUCGGUGUGGACAACAUCCUGAAGAACAUGAGGAUGAUGAAGCGGAGGACCGACCGUCAGCAGAGGAUCCGGCGAGAGUGGGCUCUCUUCGCCACCGUCAUCGACCGCCUCCUCUUCUGUAUCUAUGCUUGCUUUACCAUCUCCAUGUCUGUUGUCGUCCUACGAAUCACACCAGCACAGCAGGAGGGCGGGCUAUAGCACUGAUUAUACGACUAGAGGCGAAGAAUGAACAUCGCUAGUCCCCCCUCCAUAAAAAUCCCUUUGUUUCCGACACUCAGAUUUUGUUGUGCCUCUGUAGUUGUUAAGAGCGGCGCUCCGACAGACCUUAUUCUGGAAGAUAUCGCUCUGGCCCUUACAUCUAAAAGAUAGGGUUAGGUUAGGGAGGCAUUUGGUUUCUAGGGUGAGGGUUUGAUUUAGGUAUUAGUAUAGCAUUUGCUCUAACAUGUCCAAAGCUGAUGUGUUAGGAUUCAAUUUGUGUAGGGUAUUGACCGCUGAGCAAUGUCGCCGGAGCAUGCUUGUUCCAACAUAAAGACUGGCUACCACGCGGAUUCGAAAAUAAUCCUACCCAAAUCAUAAACACAGGACACAACCUCAAUAUAAAUGCGCGCAUCAGUUUGCAAAGACAACCAUUGGGCAGGAGUUCUUAGAUAUUGCAGAGAGGGUUUUAGCCAUCUUUAAAUUGUGUUUUCAGGGGUCGGCGGUUGGUCUCCGUAGCAUUUUGGUAGGCUGGAGCUUUACGUUACUGCAUCUGAAACCUUUUCCCGACCAAGCUGGUUGUUGAAAGGCUUUUUCUUGGUCUUCCAAGGGUAAGGCAACCGUUCUCAUAUUGAUCACGGACUUAUCCCCAGUGCUUGCCGACUAUUACCAGGCGAUAUUGGUUGAGGAAAGGUAGGCAGCUGAUCGACGAAUGAUAAACGAUCAGUCGCCGAAUACUCUCGAUGCGUUUGCCGAACACCGAGUAGAAACUCUGAUAGUCUGAAAUCUGAAAUCACACUACAUUUACAUAUUAGGUAUAAUAAUGAGUAAGAAAUGUUAUUUCCUUAUGCAUGUUUGCACAAGUCAUUAUAAUAUAUAACCCCUCCCCCAUUAUAAAGUUUGCAAUCGGCCAUUAUUCUCCGACCAUUUGCUUGUUAACUGCCAAUCAUUCGCCAGCAUUUCCACGAGCAGUCGCAAAUGAAUUUACGAAAAUAUCUGAUAAUCGGACCAUUUUCGUACAACAUUCGGCAACCGAUCGACAGCUGAUCGAUCGCCCAUAUUAACUUCUUGCAAAUGGGUUUUCGAUGGUCACAGCUUGUAUUUGGUAGUCAGAAGUCGGCAGUCGGUCGUGCCCCUAGUGUGACAUAGGCUUGGUCAGUGUAGGAAAGUGAUCGCGGAACAAUUAUCAGAGGAGUAUGUGUGGUAAACCUUGCUUCCGAAUUUUCUAUUGAACAAUGUGUCAAUUAUUUGAAAAGGUUUUCCGGGUUUCUAAUGUUUAGGAAGUACCAUUAAGCUGCAUGCCCAGAAGUUGAUCAGCAAAUAAUCACAAUGUACGUGAGCUGUACGAAAGGGUUACAAUGCAUCCCGCAAUGUAUAGUCCUACAGAACAGGGGCGGAUCCAUGACGAGGCCGGAGUUGUAAAAAAAAAAUGCACAACAAAGUCUCGUUCAGUCAUGCCGCAGCAAAUCCGAGGCGGUGUUGUUGUUGUUUUUGUGGGGGGGGGGAUAAAAUAUUACGUACUGUAUUGUCAAGGCUGUUACAACCCACAAGUGGUACUAAAUUGCAGAUAUUUAAUUUCAGUGUGAUUCAUAAUACUGGGCAAAUCCUUUCAAUGAACCUAUGAUCCAUGAGCCAGUUAGCUUUUAACGUGUUUCUUUGAUAUACUAUGCCUUUGGUAAAAACAAGUCUUCACACUUUGAACUGAAUUGUUUAUUAUGAGUACUACAUGUAUGUAAUAUAUUUGCAUGUAUAUUGAUUUUUGUUUGUGUGUGCAAAUUUCGACUAUUGACAUUUUUAUGUGAAAGUUUAUCGCUGUUUUAUUUUGUUAUUUUUAAUGUUACAAUAACUUCAAAUUGAGCUUGAAAUUAAAAUUGAACCUAAACUUGAACACACAUGUCACACUAAGGCCUAACAAAACACUUCAGACGGGGGCGCGAGGGAAGAGGGCGUACCCCAUAUGCCACGUUUACUGGUCGAAAAUGGAUUGGCAAUUCACUUUUGAAAACAGCGUGAACAAUGGCGUUGCUUUAUAUAAUCUAUUUGUAGAUUGACGUUAUGUAUUCUAAAUAGUCUUGGGAACACUGAAUUUAUCUUCAAAUACCCUAUUAACUUUUCUGAAAUUCCAUGUUGCAAGAGUAUUGUCACAGAAAAAUUACGAAGAAUGUAUUAACUUUUCGCCCCUUUGCAUUUUGUCCCUUCAUUCUUUUGUUUUGUUUUGUUGAACAAUCUCAAAGAACUGAUUCUAAUGCUGUAUCAUAAAUAAAUGAAUUGUAUCAGCUUUGCGUAAA